AUGGACAUCUAUUCAUCCAAAUUAUCACCUGCUGUUGACAUCGGUGCAGGGAUAUUUCUUUUUAUCAUAGCUGUGCUGUCCUUCGUGGGGAACCUGUUGGUCCUCAUCAUGGCCUUUAGGAGGUCAUCCAGUAUGAAGCCACCAGAGAUGCUGAGUGUCAACCUGGCGGUGACAGACUUGGGAGCCGCUGUCACUAUGUACCCCCUGGCUGUGGCCUCGGCAUGGAACCACCACUGGCUGGGGAGCGAUGCCAGCUGUGUCUACUACGCCUUCAUGGGCUUCUUCUUUGGCACGGCCAGCGCCAUGACCCUGACGGUCAUGGCUAUGGUGCGCUUCAUGGUGUCCCUCAGCCUGCAGUCUCCUAAGGAGAAGAUCAGUCAGAGGAAUGUAAAGCUACUGUGUCUGUGGUGCUGGCUGUAUGCCCUGCUCUGGGCCCUCCUGCCCCUGCUGGGCUGGGGGAAAUACGGACCCGAGCCCUUUGGUCUGUCCUGCACCCUGUCCUGGUUGGAGAUGAAAGACCAGGGCUUCUCCUUCAUCAUCGCUAUUUUUACCUGCAAUCUGCUGCUCCCCUCCAUUGUCAUCACAGGUUGCUACUCUGUCAUUGCCCUCAAGCUUCACAUCACCUACAAAUCCAUCGAGAACAUCAACCAGGUCCCCAACAUUGUGAAGAUGAACAGAAGACUCAUGUUGAUUGCUGUGCUGAUCAGUGCUGGAUUCAUCGGCUGCUGGACACCCUAUGGGAUUGUCAACCUCUGGUCCGUUUUUAACGACGGUUCGUCCAUUUCUCCGGGCCUGUCCAUGUUGCCCUGCCUGUUUGCCAAGACCUCCACCGUCUACAACCCUUUCAUCUACUACACCUUCAGCAAGAGCUUCAAGAAGGAGGUGAAGCAACUGUGCUUCACCUCGGUCUGUACCAAGAUCUAUAGGCGCUCCAACGUGGGUAACAUGACCGACGCCUGCGACGUGUCACAGGAUCAAGCGGACCAUGGCGCCUACACGGUGUGUGAGAGGUCCAAGGUGCCCGUUGAGUGCAUAAGGAUGUGUACCAGGGACACCAGAGACAUACCUGAACUCCUGGAACUGUCAGCAGCAACCGUGUGUCCGCUCGCCUCGCAGUGA